AUGGCCGCCGCCAUGUCGACCGUCGGAGCCGUCACCCGAGCGCCGGUGGGCUUCUUCUUCCUCAUCCUCCUCCCUCUCUCGCUUCUUUUCGAUUUUGAUCUUGUUCUUGUUCCUGUUCUUCUUCUCAUCUGUCUUCAUGGCUCGUGCGCAGCCGGUGGUGCACCGAUCUGGGUCAGGGGCGGCGCCGGCGAGCUCCGCCGCCUUCUUCGGUGCCGGGUUGAAGAAGGUGAACUCCGGGAUCAGCCAUGGCCGGAUCUCGACGACGACUGUGAGGGCCAUGGCCGGCGACCUCGACGAGGGCAAGCAGACCUCAGGGGACAAAUGGGCCGGGCUCUACUACGACACGUCGGAUGACCAGCAGGAUAUCACCAGGGGGAAGGGGUUGGUUGACUCCCUCUUCCAGGCCCCCUCCGGCCAGGGCACCCACGAUGCCGUCCUCAGCUCCUACGAGUACCUCAGCCAGGGCCUCAAGGAGUAAGCGCAACCCAGCUCCUCCUCCUCUUCUUCGUCCUUCCUUCAACCCACCCACGAAGCUUUCCUUUCCGAUCCUGAAGAAAGACCAUGGUUUCAGGCUCAACAUGGACAACACCAUGGGAGACUUCUACAUCGCCCGGGCCUUCAUGGACAAGCUCGUCGUCCACGUCGUCAAGAACUACCUCAACCUGCCCAGCAUCAAGGUCCUCUUCUCUCUCUCUCUCUCUCUCUCUCUCUCUCUCUCUCUCUCUCUGGGGGAUCAGUUGGGAGAGAGAAUCUUAACGCCUGAGUGGGUGCCCGCAGAUUCCCCUCAUUCUCGGCAUCUGGGGAGGCAAGGGGCAAGGCAAGUCCUUCCAGUGCGAGCUCGUCUUCGCUAAGCUGGGCAUCAAGUGAGUUCAGUCUCCUCUGCUCCGGUCUCCUUCUCUCUCCAUUUUUUCUCUGACAACAAAAAGAAUCAGAAGAAGAAGAAGAAGGAAGUAUUUGUAUUUACUGAAGACGUGUUUCUCCUCUGUGCUGGGGAAUUGCAGCCCGAUCAUGAUGAGCGCGGGAGAGCUCGAGAGCGGGAACGCCGGCGAGCCGGCGAAGCUGAUCCGGCAGAGGUACAGAGAAGCCGCCGACAUCAUCAAGAAGGGGAAGAUGUGCGUGCUCUUCAUCAACGAUCUCGACGCCGGCGCCGGCCGGAUGGGUGGCACCACCCAGUACACCGUCAACAACCAAAUGGUCAACGCCACCCUCAUGAACAUCGCUGACAACCCCACCAACGUCCAGCUCCCCGGCAUGUACAACAAGCAGGAGAACGCCCGCGUUCCCAUCGUCGUCACCGGCAACGACUUCUCCACCCUCUACGCCCCUCUCAUCCGUGACGGUCGUAUGGAGAAGUUCUACUGGGCACCCACCAGGGAGGACCGCAUCGGCGUCUGUUCCGGCAUCUUCAAGACCGACAACGUCCCCCAGGAAGCCGUCGUCAAGCUCGUCGACACCUUCCCCGGCCAGUCCAUCGGUGGGUCCUCCUCCUCCCCCCCUUCCUUCUCGCUGGGUUCUUCUUCUCCGGCGCCGGCAACUCUGACGGUGAGUGUUCUUGUGCCGCAGACUUCUUCGGGGCCCUGAGGGCGAGGGUGUACGACGACGAGGUGAGGAAGUGGAUUGUUGACAUCGGGAUCGAGAACGUGGGGAAGAGGCUGGUCAACUCCCGGGACGGGCCGCCGACCUUCGAGAAGCCGGCUAUGACCCUGGAGAAGCUACUGGAGUACGGUAACAUGCUGGUGAAGGAGCAGGAGAACGUGAAGAGAGUGCAGCUCGCGGACAAGUAUCUCAGCGAGGCCGCCCUCGGCGACGCCAAUGCCGACGCCAUCAAGAGCGGGUCCUUCUACGGUUAG